CCCAGCACCGCCCCUCCGGGGCGGAAGUGAGGCGCUCCGGCCGCCCCCCGCGCUCACCGUCGUGCCUGUCGCUAUGGAGUAGCUGGAGCGAGACGUGGCCGAGCUGAGGCCGGAGCGAGAGACGGAGCCGGCGUGACAGGCGGCCCGCCGAGCUCCCAGGGCGACGGGCAGCCGGGCGCUGCGCCGGCAGCUUCCCGCGGGCUCAGGAUAAUACAUGGGCAUAUGGUUGCAACAAUGGAGUCCAUGCUGAAUAAAUUGAAGAGUACCGUUACAAAGGUAACGGCCGAUGUCACCAGUGCGGUCAUGGGCAACCCUGUCACCAGGGAAUUUGAUGUUGGCCGACAUAUUGCCAGUGGUGGUAAUGGUCUUGCUUGGAAGAUAUUCAAUGGAACUAAAAAAUCAACAAAACAGGAAGUAGCAGUUUUUGUCUUUGAUAAGAAGUUAAUAGACAAGUAUCAAAAAUUUGAAAAGGAUCAAAUUAUUGAUUGUUUAAAACGAGGUGUUCAACAGCUAACCAGGCUUCGACACCCUCGACUACUCACCGUUCAACAUCCGUUGGAAGAAUCCAGAGAUUGUUUGGCAUUUUGUACAGAACCAGUCUGUGCAAGUUUAGCUAAUGUUCUUGGCAGCUGGGACAACCUACCUUCUCCUUUGCCAUCUGACAUUAAAGAAUACAAACUUUAUGAUGUGGAGACCAAAUAUGGUUUGCUUCAGGUUUCUGAAGGCUUGUCAUUUUUGCAUAGCAGUGUGAAGAUGGUCCAUGGCAAUAUUACUCCUGAAAAUAUAAUUUUGAAUAAGAGUGGAGCAUGGAAAAUUAUGGGCUUUGAUUUUUGUAUCCAGUCAACAAAUCCAUCUGAACAGGAGCCAAAGUUCCCUUGUAAGGAAUGGGAUCCAAACUUGCCAUCCUUGUGUCUUCCAAAUCCCGAAUACCUGGCACCAGAAUAUAUUCUCUCUGUGAGCUGUGAGACAGCCAGUGAUAUGUACUCUUUAGGAGCUGUUAUGUAUGCAGUCUUUAAUAAAGGGAAACCAAUUUUUGAGGUCAACAAGCAGGAUAUUUACAAAAGCUUUAGCAGACAGCUGGAUCAGCUGAGCCGUUUAAGCUCCAGUACUCUUCAGAAUAUACCAGAGGAGGUGCGUGAACAUGUAAAGCUACUCUUAAAUGUAGCUCCAGCAGUCAGACCAGACGCAGAUCAAAUGACUAAGAUACCAUUCUUCGAUGAUGUAGGAGCAAUGACGCUUCAGUAUUUUGAUUCAUUAUUUCAAAGGGAUAACCUUCAGAAAUCACAGUUUUUUAAAGGACUACCAAAGGUUCUGCCGAAACUACCGAAGCGUGUUAUAAUUCAGCGUAUUUUGCCUUGCUUGACUUCUGAGUUUGUGAAUCCCGAUAUGGUACCCUUUGUCUUGCCUAAUGUUCUCCUAAUUGCUGAGGAAUGCACCAAAGAAGAAUAUAUCAGGCUUAUUCUGCCUGAUCUUGGUCCUGUUUUCAAGCAGCAAGAACCAAUCCAGAUCUUGUUGAUCUUCCUCCAAAAAAUGGACUUGCUUCUAACCAAAACUCCACCAGAUGAAAUAAAGAACAGUGUUCUACCGAUGGUUUAUAGAGCCUUGGAAGCACCUUCAAUUCAAAUCCAGGAGCUUUGCCUAAACAUAAUUCCCACAUUUGCCAAUUUGAUAGAUUACCCAUCAAUGAAAAAUUCAUUAAUUCCAAGAAUUAAAAAUGCAUGUUUGCAAACUUCUUCUCUUGCUGUCCGGGUAAACUCAUUAGUGUGCUUAGGCAAGAUUUUGGAGUACUUGGAUAAAUGGUUUGUGCUUGAUGAUAUUUUACCUUUCCUACAACAAAUUCCAUCCAAGGAACCUGCAGUGCUAAUGGGAAUUUUAGGUAUUUACAAAUGUACAUUUACUCAUAAGAAGUUGGGAAUCACCAAAGAACAACUUGCAGGAAAAGUGUUGCCCCAUCUGAUUCCUCUUAGUAUUGAGAACAAUCUUAAUCUCAAUCAGUUCAAUUCUUUUAUUUGUGUUAUAAAAGAUAUGCUUAAUAGAUUGGAGGCAGAGCAUAAAACAAAACUUGAGCAACUUCAUGUCAUGCAAGAGCAACAGAAAUCUUUGGAUAUAGCUAACCAAAUGAGCGUAUCUGAAGAGGCAAGAUCUAGUAGUACAAGUAAUCAGAUUGACAAGGUAUUUAAUACUAGUGGAACCGACCUUCUAACUAGUGGAUCUGAUAGUAAAGAGAACGAGAUGUCAUCAAAACAGAAAAAGGCAUCGCUUACACUUGAAGAGAAACAAAAGUUAGCUAAAGAACAAGAACAGGCACAGAAACUGAAGAGCCAGCAACCUCUUAAACCACAAGCAACUGUAAUAACACCUCCAGUGAAGCAGACAAAAGACUUGACAGAUACCUUGAUAGACAAUAUGUCAUCUUUGACUAGCCAUUCUGUCAACAAAGCUAAUGUCGCAUCUUCAAACAGCUUCUCUUCUGUCCCUUCUAUGGGCGUUGGAAUGGGAUUUUCAUCACCUAUUGACAACACAAAGAGAAAUAUCACGAAUGGACUAAAUACUAAUAUGGCUUUCCAGACUGCUGGAUUCAGUAUGGGAGCUGGCCCCACCACUCAGAAUUUCUUCAGUGGUCCAACUGCAACAGCAGCAACCAAGAUGAACAUUGUACCGACUGCCAGUAUGCCAAAUUACAGUCCCAUGAAUGCUGCAUCUGCAAUCUCUCCACUGACACAACAAAACAGACCCCCAGAUAUGUCUGCUUUAGAUAAUCUUUUUGGUCCUCAAAAACCCAAAGUUAGCAUGAAACAAAUGGCUCAACAGAAAUCCAGCCAGUGGGUUAAUCAGUUUGUACCCCCACAAGGGUCCCCAAGCGCAAGCAGUUCAGUCUUGGGACCGCAGAUGAACAUGAUAGGACAGCCUGGCUUUGGUAUACAGGGUAAUCCUUUCUUUGCUCCUCAGAACUUUGUACAACCAGCAAACACAAUGACAAACAGCAGCUCAGCUAGUAAUGACUUAAAAGAUCUUUUUGGGUAAAAUGUUUUGUCUCCUUCUUUCAAAGAUCAAUGAAAUUUGGAUCAUGGGGAAGCUGAUGGACGCUUUUUUUUGAUUAGUAAAAGCAUGACUUGGAAACACUUUCAGCCCAGCAAAGUAAAGACUUUUGCACUGGAAAAACACUUGAUUUUGCAUUCACCUAGUUCUGCAGCGGAAUUGUGUAAGUGCAAAGUCAUCUUACAUGGUAAAGAUUUCCUGUCUCUGUAUCAAACAGCAGAGCACUGAAGGUAGGGUGCAUGUAUUCAAUCGAAAAAGAAGCAGCUAAGUAUUUCAAAAUUAUUCAGAAGUUUGCUCAAUCAACUUCUAUGGAAUUUCCUACAAAAUUUGGUUUCUUAAAUUCUACAAAGAUGCUUAAGGAGUAAUAACUAGUGAAUGCAAUCCUGCAGCCCGGUCCUUUCAGUGUCUGCUGAAUUCCUAUUGACGAUUUGUGUUUGGCACAAACUGUCAUUUUGCCAUAUGACGGUUUGCAAAAAGUAGAUUUUUAUGCUGCCUCAAAAAGUUUUUUUAGCCAUGUUGCAUAGAAAGAUCUCUAACAAGUAACUGCAAGAGGCUAAGAAGAGAAAAUAUUUUGAAUUUCUUCUCUUAAAAUGAAUGUGGUAGUAAACUACAAGAAGAUUCAGGAGGCAUAAGAAGUUGGAUUAAAAUUUUGAGCAAGUUUGGGAUGGCCUAAGAAUACUAUUCCAAUGGUCUUGCUGGUUUACAACCUGUUUUAUAAUGCCAGAUCCUUGUUACCAGCCACAUAGCAAAAGCAACAUAUGACUUAAGCAGCAUUUUAAAAUACAUGUGGUGACAUGAUCACAUUUAUUAUGUAUUCCGGUGUUUUGGCAAAUUUGAUACUGCUUCUAACUGGUGGGGGAAAAAAAAGAUACAAGUAGUUAUGAGAUCUCCUAAAAAGAAUGUUUUCUCUAAAAUUCAGAUGUUGACUGCCCCGACUAUGUAACUAAGCAGUUCUGUGUAACUAAACACACACUGUUUACUUACACAGAAGUAUCUUAGAUUACUUCAUAGAUUUCUGGCUCCAUUGGGAAGAUGGAAAAGGAUUGCCAGGUACAAGUUACACAUGGUGGUGUGAAAAAGGACACUGCCAUAAAUUGCCUUGACUAUUUCAUUUUAAUUUUGUUUUAACUCAUUAUGAAGGAUAUGUGAAUAUGAAGUGAGUUCUCAAAUACAGAUUUUUAAGUUCUACAAUAUAGGGUAAAUACAGAGGUAUUUCAGAUCCUUUUUAUUGUAUUACUCCAAAUUUAAUAAAGCUCUCCAGAAAAUCAAACAGUAGUUUCUUCUGCUUCCCAGAAGGUGUAUGUUCAGCUUGCCCAUGUUAGAAUCUCUGCUCUGUCAGAUACUACCAUUGGGUUUUAACUUUUUCUUUCCUAAGAAUUUCGGGAGCUUUCUUACAUGAUAUUUUGAAGACUAUAGCUGACUAUUUUGAGAAGGAAAGAACUAGUUACCUUUUUAUGGAAAGCCUACAUGCUUUAUUUUUCAAAGCCUUUCACUGAAGAAGUUGUUCUUUCAUUUGCUGCUUAAGAAACCAAAGGGCCUUAUGCUGUAAAUGUGACUUGUAUUUUGUUAUAUUUCCAUGGUUCUAAGCGGUAAUAGCAUUAAGCAUAUUUCUUAAAGAAUUAUUUAUGUAUUAUAGCUGCUGCCUUAGUCCUAUGAAUUUAAAAUACCUGGGACCAGUGAAAUUGUGGUUUAGAAAACAAUACCUAACACAUUGUGAUGCUCUUGUGCUGUUAAUAUUCAUGGAAAACAUUGUAGGUUAUGUUAAGAUAUCUGUGUAAACUUAAGUACAAUACUAGAACUGUUAAACUAUUUAAGUUCAUUUGUGGUUACUAGUAUUCUAUACUCUCAAUCACACUAAUGUCUUCUUUUAUGUCACCUUUUGAAAGCAACAUUUUGUUAGGGUAACAAGGUAAGCCUUUGAAGAAUUAUUUGAAUCUGUAUUCCUCUAAAUUAUUUCAAAAAUGAGUUUAUAUUUAAAAUAACAUAUCUUAGGACUAUACAAUGUAUUAAAUUAAUACAUCCAUGGUAAAGGCAGUCUUAAAUAUCAGUGUCCUGAUCUGGAGUUUCAUUCACUGAUCCCUCUGAACUGGGGGCUUUUCAGAACUGAAUUUUAACUUAACCUAUUUGGAGGGAAAAAUAACUGAAAAGUUUUGAUCUGAUUUUAUAUACUGGACCUCCUAAACUGUGGGAUUUGGAGUAUGUGCUUUUGGCAUGAGCUAUCUGAGAAGAUAAUCUGGUUUGUAAGAACAAAGUAAAAAAAAAUCAUACAAGUUCAAAUUAAGAGAGUCUCUUCUAUGCAGUGGUAACGUGAUGGGAUAAGAUCUUUAUCUGGCUCAAGUAAUAUGGUUUGUUUUUUUCUACUUAUAUUUGAGAACGUGAUUUCCAUUUCUCUCGUUUGCUGCAAGUUUCACAAUGACCCGAGUGGAAAAAAAGCAACAAAGAAAAACGGAAAAGGGUGUGUAUGAAAAUUGUAACAAAAUUUCCCAGUUAUUUAAGAAUAAAAAAGAAAAAUAACUUGUAGAUUCUUCCUGGUUAGCAUGUCAGGAAAAUGGGGGUGUGCGAAGUUCUCUAAUUAUAUUUCCUCUUAACUUAAAGGAAAGAGUAGUUGCCAGAGGUAAGUCACCAAGGCCAUGUGUCACUUGGCUCCUGCUACAAUAAUUUUUCUUUAGGAAGCUGUAUCCAGUUGAUUUCUCCACAUCAUUCUGAGGCCCUGCAAGAGGCUUUUGUUGUGGCCAGAGCGGAUACUGUUGUCUGAGAGCAAUAGUUGUACUUAUGUCCACGAUGUUGUUUGGGAAAGAGCAGGAGGAAGGGACAGCAUUACAAAAUGUGGCCAUUCCGUGGGCCUUCUGUUCCUGAACGUGGGUGGAAAGCAGCAUUACAUCUACCUUGGCCCAAAGCAGAGGGACUGUCUAGUCCUAGUGCAAAACAAAAUGGAGAACACAAGUUUGAAAUUGCUAUCUGAUUCACAAAUUGCAAAUUUUGUUGCUGAAAAAGUAACCUGGUGUACCAUAAGUUCUUAUUACAAUGCCUUGAACAAUACUGUAAACUACACAGAACUUCUGCCCUUUGUAUUCAACGUAAUUUAAAGGAAAAACAGUGGAAACCUGGCAGGUUAUAUCAUCACCUUACAGCAUCCACCCUGUGCACCUGCUGUGCUCACCCACUGCAAGCAGAUCUCACCAUGGAAAUCAGAGCAUGGUCUGGACUGAACUGUCCAGCCCACCUGGUUUACUUCUCAUUCAUUUGAAAAGAAGGGGUAAAGAGGAGAAAGCAGUAAUUUCCUAUUCCUUGACUGAUUUACUACAAAAGGAGAAAUAAAGAGAAGUGGAAAUAGCUGCAUAUCUUAAUGACAAGCACGAUUUGUCCUUUGGCUGCUCUGGUGUAUGCUGAAUGAGUGCUCUUGUGCCAAGAUGGCAAUCUUUUCCAUCUUAGAACUGUUGGUUCCAUUUGGUUUUAAGUUUGAAAGUCUGAAGCAUCCUCUGAAAACUUAGAAAACAAACUAAUCCUGCCAGAUGGAAGGACUGAAUUAGAAAGGCUUGAAAAACCUUAUCUGCUUGAGCUGGGUGGAGAGGGACCUUGAAAAUACUGAGUUACAGAUUAGCUGAGAAGCCCCUGGGUCUGCCUUCCUCAAGAGGAGGGAAAUGGGGAGCAAAAUGACACAAGUGUCAUUUUGAGGAUGGAGGAGGGAGCGCAUUUUUUGUUCCUUUUCAUCACAUGUGUGUCAUGAAUAAGGCACAGAACAGCCUGUGGAACCUACUUAUGCAGGAGGACAGCAGUACCAGAGGCGUCUUUGGCAAGGGAAAGGGAGUCCAGCAAUUAUCUGGGAGAUGGGGACAGAAACUUUACAGAUAACAUGUGUAGAAUACGUAGUUUGUUCUAAUGAAGAUACUAUGUCUUCCUCUCUUGAUGGUGAUGUGAAUUAAAAAUGUCCUGGGGGAGCUGUGGCCUUGCAGGUCUGCACAGAUGCCCAAGUAAAAGGCUGAAUUUUUGGAUGGAUAGGUGCAAAACAUUUCAAGCCUUAUUAUUUAAAACUUCCUUUUCCUGUUAAGUUUUAUCUUUUUAGCAAACUUCUUUCCUACUUAUGUGGAACUUUAACAAGUGCCCUGAUGGCCUUUUAAAGUAAGAAAAACAUGUGUUAACUUCUGUAUCAUAACCCCUCUUAUAAUAUAAUCUAUGUCUGUAGAUAGAUAAGUAAGUGUGUAUAUAGAAGACAGGAUUUUAGAUUUUUCAGUUCAAUUGCACCAAAAAAGCGCAAUGAUUAAAUGAGAAGAUAGAUUUGAAUCAAAUUCCACAUAGCUUCCAUACAGGCUAACAAUUAUAUGAUACUUUUCUUAUCUCUUAUAAAUUCACAUGCUUUGUCUGCUAAUAUCUAUGUGACUUGAGCAGAACAGAAAGUUUUUAAAAUGUAAGUAUAUGAACACUGGAUCUCUCAUUACAGAUGAAGUUAUUGGACUUUAGAGUGACCUUUGUUUAUUGAUUAGGAGUUUUUUAUUGGGAGUGGGUGGGAUAUUGCUGAUUUGUGCCAUUUCCAAUGAAAGAAAUACAGGGAGGGGAAGUACAGGAAAAAACACCCUGUUGUAUAUGUGACCCUUUUAUGUUCUUUGUUAAGAAAUAUGCUGCAUUUUAUAUACUCAUUGUGAACUUUUACUCUGAAAUAGCUGUGAGGAAACCUAUCUGGAGAAUUUCAGAUGAGUUGGUUGAUAUUCAAGUGAGGUCCUGCCUCGUACCUGAUUUUCCAUUAGGUUUUGACUGCUUUACAAGGAAAUUACACAAGGCAGUAAAACCUUGGAUUCAUACACCAAAUCUUCUUGCCUUCCAGGCCUCACACUUUUAUCAAGAGAACAAAUAAGCUCCUGAAGUUGUAUUGUCUUUUAAGUUCUUCAGAACAGUUCUAACUGCUGUACAGAUUUCUGAGAUGAAGUUGUAAAUUAAAAUGUGUUAUAGUGAACUCAGGCCUUGUGCAAAAUAUUUAAUACUUGUUUGUUUGUCUAAUCGUACAGUCUCUGUACUAGUGGCAGUUUUAUGUUUUGAUCCUAAAACAUUAGAAUUCUCAUGAGAUUUAUAAAGUGAUGUUACUGUAGUGUCAGCUGUGAUUCAUAAUUAGAACUGUCAUAGCAUGGCAUUAGUGUAUAACUGGUUUAUUGGACAGCUCUUCAAAAACAAAUUUAUUCUUGUAUCAACUUUUAGAUCAGCUCCUUAAAAAAUAUGUAAAAGGUACGAUGACAGUUUCAAGAAAUCCAUAUCACUUUGUACUGUGAAUGAGGUUGCCUAUGGAAAUAAAUGAACUUUUCAUAUUU